GGGCCGAGCAUGGCGCAGCCCGCCGGGCCGCAGGCCCCGCACGCCGCCUUCUUCGGGCCCGUGGCGCGGGGCAACCCGGUGGUGGACAGCUUCGAGGCCGAGCUGCGCCGCGUCCUGAGCUCCCUGCGGCGGCUGCGAGGCGCGGGGGAGGCCAAGCACGACCUGCACCGACACGGAGCAAAUACUUUGUUUGACAUUUGGAUCAAAUAUAAGCCACGACUACCAGAAUGGUAUUAUAAUGAAAGACUUGUGAAAGUUGGUGAUACCCUUGCUCAGAUCAAAGAAUAUAAGCUGGCACUUCAACAGUGUUAUGAAAGAUACCUUCAGCAGUUUGUUUCUGUAAACCUUGAUGAUGUCAUGGAUGAUGUGCAGCGCUUUAAAUCUGCCUUUUUUCCAAAUGGUGUCAGAGACAAAAAUGCACCACUUGUGUUCCAUGCUUUGCAAGCAAGAAGUGUUUGCAUUUAUCAGAUGGUUUGCAGCAGAGACAGAAAUCUUCAGAAUCAAGAGUCCCUGCAGACUUGUCUCAGUGCCUUGACCUCAUUACGACUCACUAUGCAAGUGGCUCUACCUCAGGAGAAUUUGUGUUGGCUUAUCUACAAUGGUACUAUCCAUAUUUACACCAUAUGCAGGCAUUUGAUAGUCAUGGGUCAUUCUGCUAAGGUCCUGGAAUACUUACUGUGGGCCAGUAUAUGUAUGGAAUCAUCCAUUCCACUCUUAUCUGUGCAUUAUUUGACGUGGAGAGCCACCCUGUAUACAGCAGUUUCUCAAUGUUAUUUUGAUUGUCAAGCCAGCAUUCAUGGAGAGAUAUUUGCUCGCCGUGGUUUGAUUAAGAUUGAUGAACUGAAGCAGUUAGAAGAUAUCAGUUCUUCUCUGGAACGUGUGGAGACAGAAAAGAUUUUUAGAGAAGCCACUCUAAAGAUGUUAGUAAUGAUUUUCAAGAGAGCAGUAUAUGAAUCCAGAAAAAAUCCGAACAGCUUUCGACGUGAGUCAAAAGUUAACCCGAGAAAAGCAGUAAAUCUGUCAUGGCCUCGCACUGCUACUGAGCGGCUGCUGGUGGCCAUGUUUGAUGGUGCUGCAGCUCAGUUCCUCGCCAUCCUGGAAGCACUGUCUGAUCCUAGCAGGAAUUUAUUGCCCCCUCAUCCUCCUGUUCCUGAUGAAGUGCAGAUUCGUGAUGUCACUUCUGAGCUUUUUUCUGCAGGCCUAGAAAUCCUCUCAGGUGGAGCGAGCGAUGCCACCAAUCACUUUGGUAUAAUUAAUACAUCAUCUACUCUUCUGCAGUUGAUGCUAGCAGGAGAAGAAGGGGUGUCUGGAGAUGCUGCAGUGAAAUUUGUAAAAUUAGCUUUCAGCUAUGAAGAGUGGAACGUGUUUUAUUCUGCUUUUGAAUUUGUUGAUAAUUUUCUUGAGGCUCAAGAUGACCCAACAUGGAAGAAAGCUGACAUAGAACUCAAACUUCUUACAUUGAUGCAACCUAUAGUAUUCCCAGGAAAAUUUGAACGUAGUUUUUCUAUUACUGAUGGUGGUAAGAGCAAAGAAGGCAGCACACAUCAGGGUUCUGAAAAGACACAGACAAUUAGAAAGGAAUCCUUAAAACCUGGAAAUCCUUUUCGUGAUCUUAUGAUUUUGGCAACAACAGCAUUUUCCUAUGUCUCCACAUUUGAGCAGAAUGUCCAUCCUGACAAAGAAAUACUUGUUGAUGUAGUAAUGUGUUUGUGGCAGAAGUGUAAAAUGGAGCUUCAGGAAAUCCAAAAGUGUGGAAGUCACUGCUUAGAAUAUAUCCACAAACACCAAGCUUACCAAUGGGUUCAUGUACUCUGGAUAAUGAAUGAAAUAAUUGAGAGGAGCAACCUAGCAGACACUCAUGUAAUGUUUGCAGAGAUAACUUUAUGUCUAGCUGCAAUACUGGAAAAUGUAGCUGAUUCUACAAGUGAAUCUAAGGACCAAGAAGGAGGAAGUGCUUCUCUUUCACAAGAUGAAACCUGUGGUAUGCCUGAAAUACUGAUGAAAACGCCUACAGAACAAUUACAAAUUGCUUAUGAAGUUCUUGAAAAAGCAAUUAAUGGCAUGAACACAUCUCGGUUAACAACCCUUUUACCUGAUGGAAAGUCGAUAUUUGACAGCUGCUGUACAAAGGUGGACUCAAAUGAUCAGAAUUUGAAUUCUGUUUUGGGAAAUGGUGAUGAUAAAAGAGGAACAGAUAAUGGUUUUGUGACAGAUUUACACUUGGAGCUCAUUCAGGCCCAACAUCGAGUAGCUGUGAAACUUCUUAAAAUUAUACAAGGUCCUCAAGUUGUUGACAGAAGUCCUAAGUCUAGUAAAUCUCAGGAGAAGAAUACUGAACAUUUCCAAUAUUUAUCAGAGGAACUUAUAAAGAAAAAAAUUAAAAGGAAUAAGCUAUCCAGAGCAAUCUUCUUGAUGCAAAAGGCUGCACAGAAGUUCCCUGAAGACUUAACUACAACUUCCCAAAGGCAGCUACUGGAGGAAGCACUAGCUUUAAUUGAGCAAGUUGAAGCUGAACAAAGUGCAUUGUAUUGCAGUCUUAAAGAAUCUAUGAGAAGCAAGAAGAAAAGCAGGACUCCUCCUCCUCCUCUUUUACUUUCUAGAUCACAUUGUUCCAUGAUAUUUAAACCAGCCCCAUUUGAUUCAGAUAUUCAGGUUUCAUGGUACUGUAUUUUGGGCUGUGUAGCAGGAGGAAGUAAUACAAAAGUAAGGUUAAAUAAUAAUAAACUUCAAAAUUCAGGAGAACAGAUACUGGCAGAUGGGAAAACUCUCUUGGAAGUCCAAGGGUUAGAUGCCAAUGAAAAAUACAUAUUUGCUGUGGCAGCAUAUUCUGCAGAUGGAAAACUUAUUGGGGAUGCCGUUGGGCAAAUGACCAAGCCAAUCCUUGCCUAUCCACCCCUUUCUGCUACUACUGUUCGGGCAUAUCUAACUCAGGUAGCCUAUCAGACGGGCAACUUUAGAUUAGCCAGAGCAGCUUUUUCACCAAUGUGGGAUUACUUUGUUUCAGAUUCUUCUCCACGGCCUCCCAAUGCAGCUGUAAUUUCUGCAAGUAGCAAUUUGACUAUAUCUGGAAAAAGGUUACAUUUUGAAGCUGUAUCUCAGACUUCUCCUAUUACCUUGCAUCUCUUUUUGAGGAAUAUAUUUGCUGUUUCUGACAUUAAGGUCAUGGAAGGAGCACUCUUCUGUGAUUCCAUCUGUUCCAAUGAGAUAUUUUAUAAGGAGCAAGUGGCUAGAUUAGCAGAAUGUGAAAGAAUGACUGUGGCAAUUGAACUUAGCAACUGGUUGAACGAUCCAAGUUACGCUCUGCAGUCUGUUGUGCAAUGUUAUGGUCUCCUCGCCCCACUUAUUUAUCACAAGAUAUUUUCAGUGCCAGUAGUUCAGAUCCUCAUUAAAUGCUUGGCCGUUCUCCAAGAAAUUCCAAGUGCUACUUUGCAAAGGAGACAGGAAGGUUGUUAUGACAGUAUUCAGCAUAUGAUAGCUUGUGCUUCAUAUCAUACAGCAAAGGUACUACAUUCAUGGAAAGAGUAUGAACUUUCAGCAAUUAUCAUUAACUAUGGGAAAAAAUUGUUGAUCUCACCAGGAGUUUCACCUGGCCAGUCAGGAGAUGUGAAAACUGAAGAAACACGCACUGGCAAAGCAGUAAAAAGACGUUCCUCAAGGGCAUCCCAUUUAGCUGCAAUGGCAAAAGCAGCAGAAAAUCUAAAUUCUCUGGAAUCAAAUCUACUCAAACUGACAGAACCAGGUCCUGGAACACGGCUUACAGGAAAGGAAUCUCCUUUGUUACUCUACCCUGUAAUUUCAUGUUGGACAUCAGAGCUUGCUUAUCGAGAAGUGCUUAAAUUCAAAGCCCACGCACGUUUCCUUGAGUUCUUCGUUCAGCUUUUGCACAAAGUCCUGAAUGAAGAGAAGUUUCAGUGUGUUCUGGAGUGGGCAGAGAGUGUGGAAAAUACCUUGAAAAGGAGGAAUGAGAACUUCCUCGGUACUGAUGGAAUUUUAACACAAGCAAGAUCUCUUACUCUGGGAGAAAGCCCAAAUGCUGCAGGAGUUCAGAAAGGAAAGAAUACCCCACCUUCAGGGAAACCAAAGGCAUCACUUUCAAAGAAACCAACAAAAGAAGCUGUGCCUAAGAAAGGACCUCUCAGAGACUAUUUAAUGAAAAAUCCAGAUGUAAUGAAAUCUUCAGAAACACAAAACAAAGCCAAGGAUAAGUUGAAGAUGUUAGCUCAUCAAACCUUAGUGAUGCUGCUGAGUAAAUAUGUAACCCGAAGUCGCUUUUGUCAAAUGUGUCUUGAAGAGAUGCCCUGGAGGUCUCAGAUGAAUAUCUAUCUGGCAGUUGCACACUACCACCUAUUUAAAAAGAACCUGGAAGAGCAAUAUAACAUUGGAAUUAGUCGUUCACAGCAUCUGGACAGUUACAAUAUUUUGGAUCCUGAGAUAUUCUCAUUAAACAAUUCUGGCACUGUACUGGCAAGAGAAGCUGCAGAUGAUAACAUAGGAAAGCCAACUCCUUCUCUCCUUGAAAAGUCAGAAGAGACUGAAACCCAAACCUCUACAGGUAAAUCUCCUAAAACCAAAACUAAACCGAGUCGAACUUCUCGAAGUCGAACAGCAAAGACCGAAAAACAGGACCAGGUUCCAUCAAAUACCCUUUUACUGAAGCAUUUUACAAGCAUCUUCUUGCAUUUGAAAAGAGCAGUGGUUCUUGCUCACCGUGGUGGCCACUGGACAUUGCUUCAAAAUGCUUGUCGAGAUCUGUGGAGCUAUACUCAAGAAUUUCAAUUGAUUGCUAACCAGUCACAUUCCCAUACUGAUGUAUUUCCCAUCACCUGGGAUUUUCUUUGCCACACCAUCUGGUUGCCAUUUUAUUUUGCAUCAGACGUGAUCAUUGAUAUGAUAAUUGACCUACAAGCAAGCAGUUCUCUUAAGAUUGUGGAUCCUGAAGGAGAGUUUUGCAUUCCCAGUUGUUUAGGAGGUAUUGUGGAUGAGAAUGGUGGUUCUGGUCUUCAUCCUCAGCCUCCCAUGGAUGAUGUGAAUGUGGUUGACCUGAGAUGGAUUUGUAAUCUGGUUCUUAAAACAAUAGAAUUGUUAUAUCACAUGAAGAAGUGGGAAGCACUGGUGCACAUAGCUGUACAAUUUAACAUAUUUACACAUGAGAGGUUCACAGAACAAGUGAGUCCACUCCUGGUGUAUGCUCAGAGGCAGCUGCUGGAGAGGAUAGAGCAGUUCAGUGGCUCUGACAGCCAUGAAUCCCAUUUCACAAAAUAUCUGUCUGAUGAUGCACAAAAGAUGAGAUGCAGAAACUACAUAGGGUACAAAUUACAGCUGCCUGUUGCUCGUUCUGCCAGUGAAGGGGUUUUUCCUGGAUGCUUUUUCAAUCCUCCAGUGAAUAAUGAUUCUACAGAUCACAAUCAAGCAAAAGCCCUAGUUUGUGUGCCUCUUGAUGUGAAUGAUACACUGAAAUGUUUUAAAGAAACUCUAGAAAAAUCUAAAUAUGAAAGCAGAGCACUGAGACACAGCAGGAAACUACUUUCAUUAUUUCUUGCACACACACAAGAAAAUACUGGAAGAGCAAUCAGCAGUCAUAUCUCUUCAAGCAGAAAGCUGAAAUUUAGCGAUGUAGAUGAAGUGAUAUUUCUACCGACACCGUGUGAUCUUUCUCAAGAAAAAUAUAAUUUCUCCAGUAUGGUUGAGAGUAGACCAAUACCAAAGUCACAUCUUUCAGUAAUUAUAUCUUCCUAUGAACAAACAAUAGGAAUCCUUGAAAUGAGUAACCAGAGAGACCUCAAGGUACAGGCUCUACAUGAACUUGGAAAUCUUCACUUUUAUGCUGGAAAUAAAAGAGCUGCUUUUAAAUACUGGUGUCAAUCCCUUGAUGAAACACUCAACAUUGCUGAUGCUCUUAAUACCUGGCAAGAGUUAAGUUUUCCAAAAGAUGCUACGGACUGCUUUGCAGUUGGAAGAUCAACUGAUAUGAGUCAGAAAUUUCUUUCUCAGGCUGGAGCUUGGGGAUGUUUACAUGCAGCUGUCCUAGUGGCAAAGAUAGCUCAGUAUAUAACAACAUCAAAGAUAAGAUUAAGAACAAAAUACUGCUAUUUUUCUGCAAUACUCUUUAAGACUCUGUUUAGAGCUUCUCUUCCACAUCCAACAUCUGACUAUGACUUUGUACAAUAUGAAACAAAUAUUCUUAUUCCUGGUAUUGACCUGUUCUCUGAUCGCUACAGAGCUGAUAUCUCUACUGUAGUUGCCAGUCUGAAUUUCAUAAUGUUUGAACUACAUUGUGUGAAACAAAAUUUAAUAAUUUUACCUCUGUUCACAUUAUACCAAUAUAUUGUGUCUGAGAUUUGUAAGGACCCAGUUAAAUGUAUUGAAGGAAGAAUCUUCAAGAUUAAAGUACUUACAGAUAUAGGAUUUUUUAUGGACGCCUUUCAUGAGCUGUCUUUGCUUAUUUCGGGAGAGAGAAUUCCAUGGAAAAUACCAGCAGGAUACAAAUAUACUGAGCAAGUGCAGGCCUCACAGAAAUUUGAUACAUCAAAAUCUCUCAUGACUGAUACAAAUUUGCAGGUACUGGAAGAUGCAUUUAAUUGGAGUCUGUCUUUAACAGUGGUGCCACUGUGCAACCAACAAAUUAUGAAUAAAUUAACCUUAGCCAAAAUGCAUCUCAUCAUUAGUCUUUCUGCCACAAUAAAUAAUAUACCUGAAAAAGUUGAAAAGGUUUUAUAUUCUGUUGACAACAACAGCUUGCCAGAGCCAAGCAAAACUACAGCAUCAAAUGUAAAAGUUGAUGCUGAUCAGGAUUCAAGACAACAGGAACAAGGAGACAGGAUGGUGCAUCUUGUUGACUGUAAAGAUGAAUUAAAUAUGGCCAUGCUGAAGGGGAUUUUAUUGACAGAAGCUGAAGAAAGUCUUAGCUAUCUUGUACAGGACAUACAGAAAAAAUAUGAUGGGGACAUAUCUCGGUAUUCUGUGGAAGAUUUAGAGGCUCUUAUUGAGGCCAAACUUGAGCUUGCUUCUAUUUCUCACCAAAGGCAUCAAGCACCUCUCAGUGUUGCUUUGGCUUUCUCUGCAAUUCGACUUCUCCAAGAUGCAAAAGUGUUUUCCAUGGAUGUGGCACAUUUUCAAGAGGAAAAGGAUGAAAGGGGCUCCUCCACAGAAGGUGUUUCACUCCCUCCCCAUGUAACAGCACAAGGGCACGUGAAUGUACAUUUGUGGCUGAGGUGUCGAGCCAUGUUAGUGACUGCACUCAUGGCACAGAUACAUGGUGUUGGUCAUAAGAAAGGAAAUGAUGUGGCUGAGCGCAGAAGUGUGAUAAAAGAAGUAAUAUUAGAGGCAGAAGCCUUUGGUGAUAUUGAGACUCAGGCUGAAAUGAUGGUGCAAGCUGCUAUUCUUGACCUGCAAGAAAAACGUCCUGUGGCAGACAUUAAACUUCUUUUGCAGAAUAUCAUCAGUUUACUCCAAGAGGAUCCAUUUAUUUCCCUGCCAGCUUCUUUUACUCUUGUGAAAAGCAUGCUUCUGCUGGCAGACAUACUGCCACUGCAGGCAGCAGAGGACUCAGAACAUCGCUCUUCUGCAGUGGAACCAUUCAACUUGCUUGUUUUGGCACAUGAGCUUACCAUUAAAGCAAUUUUUGAUAGUGGUGAGCUCAUUGAACGGCAAGGAGAAGGCAGUACACUGACUUGCCUGGUCUUACCCUCGAAGAAUAUCUACCUGCCACAUAUUAACUUGCUAGCCCUAGUCAAAAUGAAAAUUGGACACACAUUAGCUGAAAAAGUAGCUUCCACAGCUGGAAGACAUCCUUUGCAAUGGCUACAUGCUCUCAGGCAUUUAGAAUCAGCAUUGAAUCUUUGCAGAGCAGCUGCAACAAAAAAAUUAGAUUUGGAAGCUGAACUUCUUUUUCAGAUAGGUAAGGUGCGACGCCAGAUAAGUGAAACAGGCAGUAACAAGUCAUCUCAAGCUGUUGAAACCCUGUUGGAAGCUAUUAAGCUCAGCCACCAAUAUGAACAAAAAUAUGAGUUAAUAAGACGGUCUUACCUUGAAAUAGCACUAUCAUAUUUCCAUUUUGCUGAAAAUAAUGAGGAUGAAUCAGAGACAGAUAAUUCGGUGCCUUCCAAAUUAAGUACCCCUUCUCAAGAUCGGGCUUCUGAGGAUGCUAUGAAAUCAGAAGUGUACAAAGCACAAGCCUGGAUUGCAAUAAGAGCAGCUACACAGGUCAGUGAAGCUAUGCUUGCUUCUCAGCUGUUAAUUGGAAUGAAGACUUUUAAAGAAGAGAACAUGAAGGAUGAAGUGCAACAAAAAAUCCCAGAAUUUGCUUCUAUGGAUCUUUUUUCUUCGUACAGAGAUUUCAUAUGUGAUGGAUACAACAUUGUCUCUGAAACUCCCGAAGUAUCUUCUGCUGAAAACAAAGAAAUCACAGAAGACUGUCAGAGUGAAUGCCAACGAACAGCAAGUCUUGUCACCAAGGCCAGCCAGAAGAAAAAUACAAUAACAUGGGUUCUCAUGAUUCGCUACCACAAUCUUUUGAAAAGAAUUUAUAACACAAAACUAUCUGGACCUGGAUCACUUUCUGAAAGAGAUGGACACUUGGGUUUGAUUUCUGACACAGGAAUUGUUCUACGCAUAGCAGAAAUGCAUUACUUCCUCGAAAAGAAUUUGUUUGAAUAUUCAUUUUGUUGUCCUGAGAAUUUUCCAGUAGAACUACAUGAUGUAGAAAUGCCACUCAGUAGUACAACUGAUUCUUCAGAGAUGUCUCUUGAUGUUUCUGAAAGUACAUCAGAAGUGUCACAAGUGAGAGCAGCUUCUUCAGUUUCUGUCUUUGCAGAAUAUGAGAAGACAGAGAGUAGGGCAACAGUUGCUGCAGAUAAAGAAAUUAACAUUCAGUGGUACAUUCCUUCCAUGGCAAAGCAAUCAAAUGAUACAGAAGCUAAGGUUUUGUUGCUUUAUGCUUAUAAUACAAGCCCUAUCAGGAUUAGCGACAUCAGUUCAACAUCUAUGUUUUCAGGCUACUUGUGGAUUCCAUUGGCUAGAAUUAUUUCUUUAAGGGAGAAAUUGUCUAAUCUGAAGGAGCAAAUUGAAAUAUCGAUGCAAGUUUCUAAGAGCUUGUCAACUUCAGGACGUACAAGUUUUCAAGAGCAAAAUGAAACUUUGAAAGUAAUUCCUUCAUAUACACCCAAGAGAAGUGAUGCAAAAGUGCAUCUUGAUGGUAAAAUAGAAGAAAUUGCUAAAAGGUGUUUAUCUGAAGUCAAAGCACUGCUGUCUGUUGUUCCAGCCCUGUCCUCGCCAUUAACUGAGAUCCCAUUUGAUGUUACUUUGCAAUCAAUAACAAAUUUGAGAGAUAUGUUUGAUCUUGCCAAUGGAUGUGUAAUAAGUGAUGGAAGUCUUUUCGACUGGAUCAUUUCUCUGCUUCACUAAAUGCUAUUCUGCAAUAACUUAAUCAGUUACUAGCUGAAUGCUACAGACUUAGACUUAAGUUCUUGUAUUGAUGUAACAACUUCAUUAAUCCCACCAGGAUUUGGCUCCUGUUAUGUUUUAUAAUUUUCACUUUUUAGGUUAUUUCCCAUUUUUAAAGCACUAGUAGUAUUUAAGAUAAAAAAUAGUUUUUUAGGAAUUUAAUAUUUUGUAAGUAGUGUCUUUGUAAGAGGAUUCUCUAGCUAUUCAAUAAUUUCUUAUUGUUUAGAAAAGCUGAAUAGGUUUGUAGCCUUCUAGUGUUCCUGCUAAUUAGAUAUUCCUUUUUCCCCUGAAGUUGUAUUCUCAUCGGCAAUUUUAAAAUUGUUUUUGCAGUUAUCAAAAGUUGGUAUUAUUUCUGAAGUUGAGAAUUUCUGGGGGGUCUAAAAUGAUCACUGAGUUUGUUCUUUUAUUCAUCUGUUUGGAAACUAGCAUUUCAGGUUGGUGAGGGUACAAGUGAUCACUCAGAUGUCUUCAUAAUUUCAAAGCAUUUUUUAAAAAACCAAAUAAACCCCCCAACAAAUAAACACCCCCCCCCCCAACAAGGCAGUACAAAGAAUAAAAUGGUACAAUAUUGAAUAUUUUUUUGUAUAGUUCUAAAAAGCUAAGGGCACCUUUCUGAAUGUUGCUGUAAAUAUUAUUUUAAAGUACUCAAGAAAUACAAAUGAGUCUUAAAAACAACCACAUGAGGCAAUAUGCUCGAGCAUAUUCUCCAUCUCAAAGGGUGGAGCAUCUGAAAUGCUCCAGUGACUGAGAUGGAGAAUUUGACAUGCACAAGUGAAUUAGCAGACCAGAGAGAGGCCAUGGCCCUUUGGUUUUGUUACAUCCCAAUGCCAAGCACUCCUUUGUUACUUGUAUUGAUUUGUUUGCAACAAACAGCCAAAAACCCCAGGACAUUUGGGCAGGAAUCCUGUGAGACUUUCCUAUGAGUAGUUAUGGUUUUGUAUUUCCAGGAAAAUUCAGCAUUAAUUUUUACCAUUCCUGGGCUCAUUUCCUGUGAAAAAUGCCAGUCCCUUUCACUUCACUUCCCUGUACUGUAGCCCAGUGAUAAAACAAUAAACUUUUUUGAGCUAUUAGGAAAUUGCAGAUUUACCUUGACUUGUGCUUUUCAGAAAAAUGCUACCUGGUUGAAUUUCUUUUAGGGAGGAAGAGGGAGAGAGAGGUAAGAUUCUGAAUAAUGUGUAUCCUAAAUGUGAUCAGUGCAGGAAGAAAGGGAAUAAAGUUCUUUCCUAUUUCUCUUUGCUCCUAUAAAAGAAAGAAGACUGGAUGUAUUUGUGUUAUGUGUAGCUGUUUAAAAGUUGUGCUGCUUUUUAUUUUGUGUACACUUUUCUGGAAUGCUGUAGGUAGUAGGAAAAUUAGAAGGAUAAUGAUACAAUGAUGAAAAGAACGGAACAAGUGAGUAAUUGAUGGGGCAGUUAUUUUUGCAAGACAGUUUUAAAACUGAGUUAGUAUGAUUAUUUAACUCGACUGCCUAACAGCCAGUUUGGAGGAGAAACUCCUUAGCAUUAUUCUUUCAUUAAAAGAAUUUAUUAUUCUGCAGUUGUUCAAAAAGUAGGAAAGAUAAAAAUUUACAUUACUCAUUUUUCUUUUACAAGGAACAAGUAGGAAACUGCAGCUUUUUAAAAACAAAAAAGGUGUUCUGUCUUUUGUUGUGCUUUGUACAAACUAAAAACUUACCCUUUUUUGUUUGGGGUCACCUUCAGAAUUGUCAUAGGACUUUUAUGCAGCUUAAUUAUUAUUUGUAAAGGAUGCUAUAGGCAUCAGGUGAAAAUGGAAGUGAAGUUCUAUUACAGACAAGGUGUUUUUUCAGUGCUGCCUGUCUGGACCUUGUUAUAUUUUCUGUACUUGAAAGAGAAAUAUUAAAUAAAAGCCUUCACCUAUUCAUUUAAAA